AGCUCUCGGCGCUAUUUAAGGCGCGGGCGGCCAUUGCGCGCCCUUUGCGGCGGGGCAGGGGGAGGCGCAGGGAUCUGCGUGCCGUGCCAGCGCCGCAGGCCGGAGCUGCGGUAGGGACCUCGAAGGAUGCUGAGCUGCGACUUGACAAACUGAAAGAUGACUGAUACAGAUGAACCCCAGACUUCUGGCUCUGAUUACCCUGAUGCCCAAGAGCUGAUCAGCCCUCAGCAGCAGGAGCCAUCUGAGGUGUGUUUAUGGCAAAGGAAUACAGGAACAGAGUGGUCAAGGCAGAAGGUGGCUGUUCCUUGGGAGUCUUCAGAUCAUCUUAAGAGCAUGUGUAAAUCAUCAGCUGCUUCAUCUGAGGUUUUACUGAUCAGCAGUGAUUCAAAAAGUAAAUACUUUUUCUUCUUCAGUGAUGUCUCUGAUGCUCGUCCUGAGUGUUCCAUUGCACCUUCAAAGCAGAAAAGGCGAUCUCAAUAUUCAAGGCAACAAGCUGAAUCUGUUACAGAAGUACCUGACAAUGAAAGCUCCUCAGAUUCUUCACUGUCUCCUCAAAGUCCAGGGAAAUCAUUAGACGUUUCCAAGCAGCAAAAGUCAAAACUCAACUUGAAGGCCAUUUUUGCUUAUCACUUCAGGGGAAGGAAGUUCAAAGCAGCCGCACACAGAAAAUACAAAAUUUACGCACGGAAGAGCAAGAAGAAAAAGUAUGAGAGCACACACAUGCCCACAGGGAGGCCCCCACUGACAGCCUCACCACAGGAACAAAAGAGGAGGCUCCUAGACAGAGGUUUUCAAUUCCCCUUUGUUGAAAAACAUUAUGGGAAGAAGCAUAUUCCCUUAAAGAUGGUUCUUGGCUAUGAGCAAGCAGCUGCAAAGGGAUAUUUCAAGUAUAUUGAAGUGCUUAAAUAUGAAGAACAUCUUAAAAAAGCUUUAAAAGCUCUUCAGGCCAGUGAUGACUUAGAAAAAGAGUGUAUGGUGUUACGGAAACACAAAUACUUAGAUGAUGAAGGCCCCAUUUCCCCUAUUCAGGAGACAGAUGAUGAUGAUGAGGAGAGCUUGAAUUCUGAUACUCGGGAACAACUUGAUGCCAGAGUAGUGGAGAACAGCUCUUUCAUUCUAAGCAGCACAAUUCCCAGUAAAAAAAAGUCAAAGCCAAGAAGAAAACGUGCAAAACCACCUGAAGUGAUUGAAAUAGAGGAUGAAGAAGAUGGUGCUGAAAAGAACUCUGGGCCUCUGCAGGACUCACUUCGGUGAACAGCAGAUGGACCAAUGAGGUGGCAGUGGUCGUUCUUCAGAUGCCUUUCUUGGGCCUGUUUGGUUUAAAACAUUGCUCUGGAGUCAGUGUUCAGCUCUCCACCCAGAUGCCUAGGCACAUUUGGCUUAUUUUUAUGUUGCUUUUGGAAGAUGAAAUACCGCUUGGUUUUCUUGCUGCAUAAGAUGAGCACAGUCACACUGCAGCAGCAGUUGUAACUGCUUGAUUACAAGACCUCUUUAAUUCUUAUGGCUGUUUGCUGACCUGAUUCACAAAUCCUUUACUUCAGUGGACAUCUGUGCAACAUGGAAGCAAAAGAGGGGCAUCCCUGUGAUGUGUGGAACAGAUUAGAAAGCUUCUACUCAAGUGAAGUGUGCCUUAUGUCCAGUCUGAAAGAGCAUUUUGGUACUUAGAGAAAAUAAAGGAAGAAAUGCAGGCUGCUGUUUCACAGAAGUCUGAAGCUGCUUCAAGGGUGCUUGAGAAUACAGAAUGAAGUGAACUGCCCCAAGUUAAAAAAGAUGGAAGCAACUUGUUUGACAGGGUCUGCCACCAAGUUGCUGUGUGUCAGAGGGAUAAGAAACACCAUGUGGGAGCUGCCAAAGUGAGUGUGAAGAUCCUGCUGAUGUUGCUGCAAGCCUACUCCAAUGAACUGCACAGCUAUUCCAAAUAAAGAACCUUCUCUGGAGUGUUUAUUGCAGUUUUUUGAAUUAAGCAUUAAUUUUAACUUGCUACUCCAUGCUCUACUGAAAAUCCCAGAACUACAAAUUCUCCACCUGACUCCAUGGAGUUGAACAAACUGUUUCUGGCUUCACCACUGCAGUACAUGCAACUGCACCAGACUGAAAGGAAUGAGUGAAAAGAAGUGUAGAGUUAAUUUAUCAAAAAUCAGCUUUUCAAGAGCUCCCUUGAAGCAGAUUUAGAGGAGGCUGCAAAAAUGAGCACAGGGAGGGAGCACCUUCUGUUGGAAGAGGCUCAGAGCUGGGGUUUUUCCUGGAGCAGAAAAUGCUCUGGGGAGAUCUUGUUGGAGCUUUAAGCAGGACCUUUACUAACUCCUCCUCCCCUAACUACUGCAUGGCUUGCUGUGGUGCAUUUUAACCAGAAUGAGCAUUAAUGAAAAUCCCCUGGUACUGCACCUGUUAACCAAGUUUACAGCAAAAGUUGAGCUUUGAAUUUGACCUGAUACAUGCUUAGCUCAGAAAACAGGGAUAGAAAAGCCCUCUUUGGAAG